AUGGCCAGAUUCGAUGCCUUCAUCCCCGUCAUGCACCUGAAGAACAACACUGUGCCCUGGCAUCGCUGGGUCUACUACAACCCCAAUGCAGACAUUAUCUACUUCGGCAAGAACACUUGCACUCGAAAGAUCAACCAUAUCUGUCAACUAGGAUUUCAAAUCUCUCGCAUCGCCAUCACUAUCUCGGAGAACUCGGACUCUGGCUAUGACUGCUGUGCUGUCUGGUUCGAUCCCAAUAUUCCUUUCGCCAUGUCACCAGUCCAUCGAAUCACAAACGUACUUCACGGACACGGCACUCUCCCGCAAAGGUUACAUACAACGGUCGGGAAGGAAGACGGGCGCUUGCCAGGCUGCAAAGGACUCAAAGACGUGUUCUGGGUUGAUGAACCGGACUUUCUCACAAGAUGCGAGUCCCUAGACGAGAACGUCGGGUUUCAAGCAGCGCCGUAUGAACCUAGCGGAGGCCAGAAGUUCGUUACAGGCCUCAAGGACGAGAUUAGCGCUGGCAAAGUUGUGCUUUCUGAAACGAACGGCUGGCUGGGAGACGAGAAGCCGGACUUCCACUGGGUUAAUCUUGCCUUACACUCUCUCUCCUCGACGAAGUGCGAUAUCAUAUUCCUCAGAUUGACGGCCAAGGCUCAACUUCGAAGAAUCAUCAAGGGAACGAGAAAGUAUGCAGAAGAUGUUGGCAGCAAGGCCGAAAUCAGAUUCGAAUAUGAAGAUUGGGCGGAAGAGGGCGAUUAUGGCGUCAAGACCGUGGGUACGAGGGAGGAAAUCGAACAACUUAAGGCCAAAAUUGUCAGUCUGUGCAACGUCAGAGGACGCGUUGGAGGCAAGAUUGAGAUCGUUGAUGAGGCAGAUGCGAAGGAACCUGGUGCCGGCGAUGACAAGAACUGAGGAAUUGUAGAUGUAUCACGCAUGCGCUGAACAAUAGAAACGCGUUUAUUUCAUAGAAC